AUGAAUUAGGAUUUUCCCUAAAUUAAUCGUAUGAUAACACAUAAUAAUAAUUAAUUUAGACUACCACACGACAUUCCAUAGCCAUGUAUCACUUGCUGUGAUCAAGCUAAUAUUUUGGAUAGUGAAAUUGAUCAAUAAAAAUACUUAGUAAACAAAGAAUAAUCUAUCAAUCAAUAUUAUAAAUGCUAUGCUAAUGAUUAUCAUAGUUAAAUCAUAUAUGAACCUGAAUACUUUUUAAAUAUAUAAAAUUUAAAUGAAGACAAUUCAAACAAUCAAACGAAUUAAUACUCUUAUUUAAGUAGCUAUUAUCAUAUCAAUCAGUUAGAUUUUUACCCAAAUAAUAUGGAUUAUAAAGACUCAAAUCAUCAAUUUGAUUGUUAGAAAGAUUUAAAAGAAUUUUAGAAUGAUUAAAAUAUGCAUAUCUCCUCAAAAAAUGAGAGUGAUUUAAAUGAAUAUGAAUGUGAAAAUGCUAAAAAUACUUUAUUUUAACCAAUUUAAAAUGGUUUUGAAUGUGAACAAAAAAUUAAAAACUACAAAUAAAAUGUUUUAGAAUCAAUCUUUGAGUAGACUGAAGCAGAUUACAGUUCAGCUAUUUAAAACUUAGACAGCAAAAAUAAUAGAUUUUAACUCGAAGCAGCUAAAGAAAAUAAAUCAUCUUGCAUAUAUCAAAUUUCAGAGAGCAAAAGUAAAUAAACCUAAAAUAGCCUUAAAAAUAUUGUUUGUGCUUUUUUCAAGCAUUUUAAAUAAUUGAAGGAUUGUAAAAUAGAGAUAUAAUUAUCAAGAUAGUAGAUCUAAAAUCUAAAAAAGCAACUUGUGAGAUAUAUGAAAUAGCACUCUUUUAACUACUCUGUAGUAAAAUAUUUAAUUACCCAUAAAAUUUUGAAAUAGCUAUUUUUGGAUUUUUUGUCGAAUGAUAGCUAUGAGUGGCUAAGUAAAUCAAAAGUGAUAGAUAAACAAGAUGUGAAAGAAAAAAUUUUAUUCUUAAAAAAUUGCAUCAUUGAUCCAAAGAAUUUAGAAGAGUUAACCAAUUAUUGA